AUGUCAUUGACGGCAAAACCACAUGCGUUUGCUGGCGCAGUUUUGAGUCCAGAUAAUGCUCGACGGUUAACGCCUUCUUUGUGUCUGGCAGUUGCCUCAGCAUUGGCGGAGCAAUCCUACCGAAAGACAGCAGUAUCCUAUACCUUAUGGAUUUCGGAGGCUUGGAGAGGUUUGGGUUGGGCCCAACCGUCAGCGGCGCUCUUUUGGGAAAUGGCGUCCAUGUAUCACACAUUAUUUCUGGCAGGAAGAGCGCAUGCUUCAGAUUUUAACGAUCCAUCGGUGAUUCCACCUAUUUUGUCGUGCGGAAGCACCAGCAGUAUUGGAAGUGGAAGCACACAUCACACAAACGGACCUUCACAAUUCGACAAAAAGAAACAAGGGACGGCAAAAGAGCUUCCAGUUUGGUUGAUUACAACGUUUCUGUUGCUUCAUUGUGAAGAGAAUGCUUAUAUGAGAAAUUUGUCAGGCAUCGAUGAUCGUCGCUUUUAUGAAGGCACGUCACCAGCAGUUGAUCCUUUGUUGAAAAAUGGCGGAGCCGUAGAUUUUGCCAAUCUUUUGAAGCAUCCCUACAUGUCCCCGAGGACACGACUUCACGCAGGUUGGAACAAUGAUAAUUCUCAUUGCACUGCUUACCUUUUGCGGCAUUUGCGAAAAUUGUUACUCCUUGCCGCAGUGUCACAUAAUACAGAUGCCAUGAGGGCAUGCAUGCAUUUGGCUUCCAUUCCCUCUCCAAACCCACCUCCACCCGAAAAGAUUAGACGGAAUAUUUGGUUUCAGUACUCACCCGAUGAGAUUAGGCGGCAACAUGAUGAAGAGCAUGGUAACGUCGGUUUGAAUGUGCGACUGACCAUGGAGGAUUUAGAACGACUUCACCUCUGGCUUCAGUCGCCCUCUGGGGGUGGUGUGGAUGAACCUGAAAUGAAGAUUGCCCAGUAUUUGUGGUCUAAUCUCUACUCGUCACCCCCACCACCAACCGCGACAAUUCCUGUUGAAGAUGUGGAGCGUGAAGUUAGAAAGCAUUUGGAGUUGGAGUUAUUGAUGGCGGGGGCAGAUCAAGACGACGGGGACGAUGCUUCGACUGAUGGGGAAGAGGCUGCUUUAUCUGCUUUUUCACAACUGACGUUAAAUGACAGCCAUAGUGGUGAAGAGAGUGAGCGAGCACAUCAGCCAGAACAAGGAUACCAGAAGGAGUUGAGCUAUAUGCAUCUUCGCGGAACAACCAUACUCUUGAAACCCAACAGCCACGAGACCCCUUCCGGUUCAUCAUCUUCAUCUGGUGAUCAUUUGAGCGGGUCGCAAUCAUCCUCGAAUCGAUUGCAUGAUUUGGCGAUAUCUGACUGUUCAGAUGUCCAUAUGUAUCUCCUGCAGCCAUUCGAGCACGUCACGAUAGCAGCGUGUACUGGUUGUACAAUUGUUGUUGGUGCAGUGGCUGGCUUGUUGCAUAUAGUGGAUUGUGAAAAGACCACAAUUGUUUCAGCGGCAAGGAGGAUUUUGGUGAGCAAUUCAAGUGACACGGUCAUGUUUGUUUUCACACCAAGUCCACCACUACUGGUGGGUGAUAAUCGAAACUGCCAGUUUGCGCCGUACAAUACAUAUUAUGAUGGUUUCCGCGAGGACUUGAUCGCUACGGGGCUGGCAGCAAGUGCUGCUCCCGAUGGUCCUCCUGCUCACCAUGGAUCGAAAUCAACAGAGGGAGAAGGAGUAGGACCGUGGCCACCUCUUCAAUUUGCAAGCAACAAAUGGAAGCAGCCGGUAGAAGUAUCAAGGCUCGAAAUGCCGCAAGGCCCUGCAACGCCAGGAUCUGGUGGAGCGUCGUCAACCCCAACGACGUCGCCUUCACCAGGUGCUGAUGACAAGGCCGUACCGGGAGGCAAGCCUGGAUCGGUCGAAGAUAAUACCGUCCACGCUCCAGUGCUUCUUCCCCCUUCCGAAUUUCAUGUCCUAUUCGUUCCACUGGAAACCGAGUCGAUGAAACAGAAGAAGCCGGAAAAUGCCGAGAAUGGUGAGAGCCAAUAUUGCCGAAUUCUCACCGAGACGCUACAACUAUCACCGUUUCGUCUGCCCAUUGAAUAUGAGCGAAGUGCUGUUGUGAAGGCAGAUCGUAUGCGCAGCAUUCAAGAGGCAGUGAAAACUUUGACAGAUGAACAACGGCAGCUCUUUGAAGAGGAGUUGAAUCGAGGGUUUCGAGAAUGGCUCGUCACAAGUGGUAACUUGAGGCAGGUUUUGGAUCUUGUUCAUUUGGAACGAAGGGCGGGUCCAUAG